AUGGAGAAUACUGAUAUAGAAUAUUUAAAUAUAUCGGAAAAAAUUAAAAAAAAAUUAUACAGGAAUAACUUAAAUACAAUUGAAAAAGUAAGCACGAAUUAUUUGGAAGAUGGUCAUGUGGAAGAAAUAAAUGUUAUUCAGCACGAAAUAUUUAAAUAUCACUUGAACGAUUUAGGUAUAAGAAAAGAUGAAGAAGAAGAAGAAGAAGAAGAAGUGGACCAAGCCGUGAAUUCAGGGCUUCUUACUUACAAUAAUAUUUGCUCAUUUAGCGAUACAGAAAAUUACUGCGCUCGUAGGAAAUACCUGACCCGUUCAGGUGAAAAUUUCCCUGACCGUUCCGCACUCUCAGUGUCAUCGCUGUCAUCGCUGUCAUCGCUGUCAUCGCUGUCAUCGCUGUCAUCGCUGUCGUCGUUGUCGUCGCUGUUGUCCUCGUCACGUCGUUCUUCUUAUAAUUCAUCCUGUCACUCAUCCCAUCACUCAUCUCGCAACUCGUCUCAUUACUCAUCUCGUCAUUCUCCGCAUUUCUCGCCUAUCACUUCACUACCAUCUUCUUCUAUGUCACCCUAUUUUAGAUCAGACGGGGGUGCCUACUCAACAAAUAAUAGUAAAGACAAAAGAACAAGGAACAGGUCUUUUUUGUGCGAAAAUACCAACUUGUUAACGUAUAAACAUUUUAACAAAAUUUCUUGCAAUAGGAAUGGUAAUACGUGGAGGGAGAAGUCAAAAAAAUAUGAACAGUCAGGACGAUCAGAGGAAGACUUUUUGAUGUACUCCAAUUUCAUGAAGCAAAAUUUAAAAAAUGUGAAGUCAGUAAAAACAGGAAAUAAUUCCUUAAACGACUUAUUAUCGAAUGGAAUAGAAAGUUCAAAAAUAUAUUUUUUUUAUGGAAAUAAAAUAAAAAUAAAUAAAAUAAUUUUAGUGAAUUUGUUGCUUGAUUAUAUAGUUAAUAAUGAUAGCUCAAACAGUAGCGUAGUUUUUAUAUAUUUUAGUUUUAUUAACGAUGUAUCAAAUAUUUACAAUAUUAUAAAAGAGAAAAUAAAAAAAGAGAUGAAUAAUAAAGAGAAGAACAAUAAGACGAAGAGAAACAAGAAAAAUGAGAAAAAUGUGAAGAAGAACGAUAUUUCAUUUGACGAUAUUCUUCGUAAAUUUUACGUUGUUCGUGUGCAAAGUCUUAGUGAGCUCACCUGCUUAUUGCUACAAAUUAAAAAUAGAUAUUUGAAGAGAAAUAAUUCUCACGAUGAAUUUACUAAUAAUUUGAAAAAUCUGUCAUCGAUAGGAAUAUACAACUUAACCAAAAUAAUAAAAGGUUUAAACAUUACAAAGUCUAGCGCUUACUUUUACUUAGUUCGUGAGCUAAAAAUUCUUGCAAAGAUUGUAAAUAUACCCAUAUUAAUUUGUGAUCAUGCAAAAGGAGAAAUAGUAAUACAUUCAGCUAAUGACAAAACAUGUUUUAAAGAACAAAACUUGCAAGAUAUUACUAAAAAUACGCGAAGUAUGUUUAUACAACACGAAAAUAAUAGUAUGAUAAAAAAUAAUAAAACAUAUACUUGUACAAUUUACAAUAAUAAUACAAUGAAACAUCCUCUUGUUAAUAACAUGGAUGAAGAGCACUCCUCCAUUGCUAUUUUUGAAGACCCGCAAAAUUACUUAUGUACAGAAAAAAAAAAAACAACAAAUAAAGCGUACUGGAUGAACAAACGUGUAGGAAUAAUAUCUUGUAGUAGCAAUGACGAGCACAGCACAAAUGAUAGCCAAGUUUUCACAAGCAGUGGAUCAGGUGAAAAACACGAACACAGUCAGGAAAGCGAAAGUAUAACAGAUGAUCCUUUUUCUAGCAUACAUAUCGACGAUAUCAUAAAACUUAACACAAAUGAUAAGAAGAAAAAUGCUAUUUUAUCAAUAUACAACAAAAACUAUAAUAUUAACAAAACAGUUGUUCCCUAUCCAGUAUACAACACAUUUGAUUACAUCAUAGACGUUGAAGUAAUUUAUAAGGUUCGGAAUAAAACCAUCAUACGGUUUACUCUUCUUAAGUCUCAAAAUAAUAUUAAACAUUUCUAUUCUUAUGCUUGUAUUAAAAAUUAUAUGCUAAUGGAUGUUAAUACAUAA